AUGAGCUACUAUUUCGCCAUCGUCGGCACCCAAGACGCGCCCCUGUUCGAGUACGAGUUCGGCACCUCUAAGCAAGGCCACGACGGCCUCUCGCGUUUCUCCGACCAAGUCCGCCAUCUGAACCAGUUUAUCCUGCACUCCUCGCUCGACAUUGCCGAAGAAGUACAGUGGGCGCACGGAUCGAUGUAUCUCAAAUGCAUUGACAAGUUCUUCGACAACUACAUUUCGUGCUUCGUCACAGGCGCCAACGUAAAGUUCCUGCUGCUGCAUCACCCACUCAACAAUACGGGUGGCAGUGGGAGCAGGAGCUCGACUGCGAUCGGGGCGAAUCCUACGAGUCCCGCGACAGAGGAAGCGAUCAAGCUCUUCUUCCAAGAGGUCUACGAAAACUGGGUUAAGGCAGUCAUGAGUCCCUUUUACCAGAACAACAUGGAGGUCAAGAGUCCAGUGUUCCGGCAGAGGGUGGCGGCAGCGGGGCGUAAAUAUCUAUAG